AUGAACUGCCCCUCGCGAACCGAUGAAACCCUCACUCACCCAGGCUGGAACCAGAGCCCACCUACCUUCAGCCCGGACACCACAACCCGUAAUGACUUCAACGGCAUCUCCAAUUCCAGAGUCCAUCGUAGACAUGCUGCCGGUCGUGGUAUAGGCACAGGCGAGGAUACACUCUCCAUAGAUCCGAGACCGCCAAGCUGUCUUCGCAAAUUGACUAAAUUUGGUCGUUUUGUCGGCCCUGGUUUCCUCAUCUCGGUCGCCUAUAUCGAUCCGGGAAACUAUGCCACCGACGUUGCGGCCGGUGCGCAGUUCAAGUAUGCCUUGCUGUUCAUAAUUCUCAUGUCUGAUCUAUUUGCAAUCAUCCUCCAAUCCCUGUGUAUCAAGCUAGGCUCCGUGACUGGUCUCAAUCUGGCUGAAAAUUGCCGCGAACAUCUCCCCAGCUGGCUGGUAUACAUUCUUUAUGUAUUCUCAGAGGCGGCAAUCAUUGCAACAGAUAUUGCCGAGGUUGUUGGAUCCGCUAUUUCGCUGAAUCUACUUGGAAACAUUCCUCUGGUAGCCGGAUGUGCUAUUACCCUGGUGGAUGUCUUCUUUCUGCUGCUCUUCUGGCGCCCCAACGGAUCCAUGUGGGGUUUGCGACUCUUUGAAUUUUUCGUCGUGGCCCUUGUAUUGGGGGUUGUCAUUUGCUUCUGCAUUCAGCUCUCUCUCAUCAAGGACCAAUCGAUUGGGGAAGUCUUCCGGGGGUAUCUACCUUCAUCGACUGUCGUUCAAUCUGAAGGUCUCUACCAAAGUUGUGGUAUCCUUGGGGCGACCGUAAUGCCGCACUCACUCUUUCUUGGUAGCGGAGUGGUCCAGUCUCGCCUGAAAGACUUCGAUGUGAAAUCAGGCUAUGUCGAGCCCACAGUGCCUUUAGGAAGCAACGGUGGGGAAAUUGAAUACCGGCCGUCCAUUCAUGCAAUUCGUAACUGCAUGAAGUAUUCCAUCAUCGAGUUGGCCCUUUCACUCUUCACAUUUGCUCUCUUCGUUAAUAGCGCCAUUCUCAUUGUCGCUGGUGCCUCUCUCUAUGACGUCCCAGGCGGCGCUGAUGCUGAUCUCUUUGGAAUCCACAAGCUGCUUGUUUCCUCUAUUGCCCCAGCUGCCGGUCUUGUUUUUGCUUUGGCUCUUCUCCUGUCCGGUAUCUCUGCCGGUAUUGUUUGCACUAUGGCAGGCCAAAUGGUGAGCGAGGGCAUGCUGAGAUGGAGCAUCAAACUUUGGCUUCGACGUCUCAUCACGCGCUCCGUCAGUAUUAUUCCCAGUAUUAUCAUCGCUGCCGCUGUGGGCAAGGAGGGGCUUGACAAGACCCUCACUGCCAGUCAGGUUGUACUAAGUGUUAUCCUGCCAUUUGUCUCAGCCCCCCUCGUCUGGUUUACGUGCUUCAAUAAAUACAUGACUGUCGCUGCCGAGCAGACCAGUGAAGGCCAUGGUGAAGUGGAAGUUGAGCAAUUUCCGAUGCGGAACCACUGGGCUCUCUGCAUCCUCUCAGUCCUUAUUUGGCUACUCAUUGCUGUGAUGAACGUGGCACUGCUGGUUUUGCUUGGAAUGGGCAAAGCAUCUUAA